GUAUGGGAGUUCUUCACGGAUUUGCGUGGUCACGGCCUUGCCGGUGUACGAUGUCGAUUCUGUCAUUGGGUCACAAACGACCGGAGUCCUACGACGAUGAAAUUUCAUCUGAAGAGAAAACAUGACACUGGACCAGGUGGUCUGUGGGCAAUCUGUGAGGAGAAGAUCAAUUCACAAGCGCCUGCAAACUAUGCACCUCGAUCGAAAAAGUCAGAAGACGCACUACUGAAGGCCCUGACGAACCAGCGACAUCAAAUGCAGAGCUUCAACCCCUUUGGGUCAGGCGACGUCAAACUUGGAAUUUCGUCCCAGGAUGACUUUCUUACCUCGCUGAUCCAGCAAGCUACGAGCAUGUCGGCCUCACCGGCAGAGGAUACGUUCUGUUCACAAGAGAAUGAGGGUCUCUCAUUCUCGGAAUCUCUCUUCUUGUCCAAACUCAACGAGGGCCUUCACCAGAAAGAGGAGGACGGCUCGUCAUCGUCUGCCAGCGGACUCAUCUCCAAUUCGAGUAGCGACUUCCAAUUGAGCGACGGUGCCAGUAUAGCUGCACUUCUUCAGAUCGCCACUGACUCCGACUUGACGUUCACCUUCAACUCAAGGCGGUGCGGUGAAUACUGUUUCGAAUCCAACAGGAGAAAUGGUCGGAUGGUGGUGUUCGGUGAUACUGGAGCAGAAAUUCGAGUGGCACAGAAGAUCGGCGACGAGGAAGUCAGUGUGGAAACGUGGCGUAAGAGCGAUUGGCUGCAGUUUUGUUGGGCGGUUCGUGGCACAUGCGUGCAUUUUUUGAAAGUAUAG